AUGCCUAGAAACGAGUUCAAGGUCGAAGGAGCAAGAAAGCUUGUCACUGUUGAAGAGAUGCAGGAACAUGGAAGAAUUGAAGCAAGAAAUCUUGUGGCCACUUCUGCUCUAUCAGCUUGGGGAAGCAUGGACCAUGCCUGCUCAAUUUUCCAACAAAUCAAUGAACCUGGAACCUUUGUAUGCAACACUAUGAUUAAAGGACAUGUCAAGGCUAUGAACUGGGAUAAAGCUUUGCUUCUUUACUGUGAAAUGCUGGAGACAGGAGUUGAACCUGACAAUUUCACUUAUCCAGUUCUGCUCAAGGCCUGUGCUUGGUUACUGGCAAUUGAGGAAGGGAUGCAAAUUCAUGGUCAUAUUUUAAAGCUUGGGCUCGAAAAUGAUGUGUUUGUGCAGAAUAGUUUGAUCAGCAUGUAUGGAAAGUGUGGAGAGCUAGAACUUUCUUGCACUGUUUUUGAGCAAAUGGAUCAAAAGAGUGUUGCUUCUUGGAGUGCCAUCAUUGCAGCUCAUGCUAAUUUGGGUAUGUGGUGUGAGUGUCUGAUGCUUUUUGGGGAUAUGAGAAGGGAGGGUUGGAGGGCUGAAGAAAGCACAUUAGUCAGUGUACUCUCUGCUUGCACUCAUUUGGGUGCACUUGAUUUGGGAAGGUGCAGCCACGGAUCUUUGUUGAGAAAUAUUAGUGCACUCAAUGUAAUAGUACAGACUUCCUUGAUAGACAUGUAUGCUAAAUGUGGGUGCCUAGAGAAAGGGUUGUGUCUGUUCCAGAAGAUGAACAAGAAGAACCAAUUAUCUUAUACUGUGAUGAUCUCUGGGCUUGCUGUCCAUGGGCAUGGCAGGAAAGCUCUCGAGCUUUUCUCGGCGAUGCUCCAGGAAGGUUUGGCACCUGAUGCAGUUGCUCAUUUGGGUGUCUUAAGUGCCUGCAAUCAUGCAGGCCUAGUAGAUGAGGGUCUCCGGUGUUUCAAUAGGAUGAAAGGCGAACAUAAAAUUCAACCUACAGUUCAACACUAUGGUUGCCUAGUAGACCUUAUGGGCAGAGCAGGAAUGCUCAAGGAAGCAUUGCAGCUCAUUACUAGCAUGCCUGUUAGGCCAAACGACGUCAUAUGGCGAAGCCUUCUUAGCGCUUGCAGAGUUCACAAAAACCUGGAAAUAGGGGAGAUUGCAGCUAACAUGCUAUUCCAAUUGAAUUCCCAAAACCCUAGCGAUUAUGUGGUGCUAUCAAAUAUGUAUGCACAAGCGCAAAGGUGGGACAACAUGGCUAGAACAAGAACAGAAAUGGCUUCCAAGGGCUUGACACAGACACCUGGAAUUAGCUUGGUAGAGGUGAAGAGAAGAGUCUACAAGUUUGUUUCACAGUCACACCACCAAUGCGACGGUGUCUGCAAGAUGGUACACCAGAUGGAAUGGCAACUGAGAUUCGAAGGCUAUUCAGCUGACACAUCUCAAGUAUUGCUUGAUGUAGAUGAAGAAGAGAAGAGAGAGAGGUUGAAAUACCAUAGUCAGAAGUUAGCAAUUGCUUUUGCUCUCAUACAUACAUCUCAGGGGUCUCCCAUAAGAAUAGUUCGCAAUCUCAGGAUGUGUAGUGAUUGUCACACGUACACUAAAUUUGUUUCUAUGAUCUAUGAACGGGAAAUUACCGUAAGAGAUCGAAACCGGUUCCAUCAUUUUAAAGAUGGAAAUUGCUCUUGCAGAGACUACUGGUGA